GGGAAGCAAGGACAAGAUCUUCGUCGUCAAGAUAAACCCCUACCUGCCUGACAAGCUCAUCACAUCUGGUGUGAAACAUAUGAAGUUUUGGCAUAAAGCUGGUGGCGGCCUAAUUGGGCGCAAGGGUAACAUGGGGAAGACUGAGACUAUGAUGUGUGCUGUGUACGGCUGGUCGGAGGAGAUGGUGUUUUCAGGAACAUGCACCGGGGACAUUUGCAUCUGGAGGGACAUGUUCCUGAUGAAGACUGUCAAAGCUCAUGAUGGCCCUGUCUUCAGCAUGCACGCUCUGGAAAAGGGAUUCGUGACUGGGGGAAAGGAUGGUAUCGUGGCUCUGUGGGAUGACACGUUUGAGAGAUGUCUCAAGACCUACGCCAUCAAGAGAGCCGUCCUCGCUCCAGGCUCUAAAGGGCUGCUGUUGGAAGACAAUCCCUCCAUACGUGCCAUAUCUCUAGGCCACGGCCACAUCCUGGUGGGGACAAAGAAUGGCGAGAUCUUGGAGGUGGACAAGAGUGGUCCCAUUACUCUGCUGGUCCAG